GACACCUUACAUUUUCUGAACCAUUUCGCAGCUGAUGCAGGGUUGUAUCUGAAAUCUGUUUUUAAAAAUUUCCACAAUCACGACGUUCAGUUCUCGCACGGAAAAUCCAGCUCGCAGCCCGGAAAACGUGGAAGUCGCGUAAAAGUGCAGCAGCCCCAGCGAACCAACAUCAAGAUGCAAUGAAUUCGCGCAACAAAAGCAACAGCAAGCACACACAAAACCCCAGCGACAACAAGAAUUAAAUUGAAAACGCAACAAAAGUUCUCGGGCCGCCGCGUGUUUUAUUGCUGCAUUUCUCCCGCUCUUUCCCGCUUCUCGCUACCAAACUGCAAUGUGUGUGUGUGUGCGCUCGUGUGUUGAUAUUGAAUAAAAAUCAAAAAAAAUACGAAUAAACGGGGAAUAUUAAUAAUAAAACAAAAGUGAAAUUAGCACGUGCUACCCGUUCUCUCUCUUUCUAUCGCGCGCGCUCUUUGCCCAAUCUUUAAGUUGUGUGCGUUGUUGCUGUUGUUGUUGUAACUUUGCUUUUGCGUUUUUUGUUUUGUCCGCAAUUCGUACGCUCUCUGUCGCUCCACUGACGUUAGUUUGCCGGUUAAGGUGCUUUGAUUUACCGUUUCUGGAUUUCUGGAUAAUAUUAACUCAGCAGAAAAAUGGUGCAGGCAUUGGAUUACGAUUGUGAGGUGCAGGGCCAACAGGACAUACCGCAGGCCAUCCAGCUGCUGGGCGAAAUGAACAGCAAUGUGAAACAGGUGACAGAUCUGGUGGAGGGGAUGUUGCAGCGAGUGAAACGGGGCGAGUUGACCACAGAGUAUGGAUUGAGUUUCCUGGAGGUGAAAUAUCACAUGCUGCUGGACUACUUGAUCAAUCUGACAUAUGUGGUGCUGCGCAAAUGCUCUGGCGAGACCAUCGAGGGUGAUCCCUCGAUCGAGCGUCUUAUUGAGAUACGCACUGUGCUGGAAAAGAUCCGACCCAUUGAUCACAAGUUGCGCUACCAGAUCGAUAAAUUGGUAAAGACAGCCACGGGUGUGUCGAGCAGUACCGAUCCUAUACUCUACAAACCGAAUCCGGAUGAGAUGAUGAGCAGUGCCGCUGGAGCAGACAAUGAUGAUGACGAGGAUGAGGACGAUGAUGCGGCGGCAGGCAGCGACAGUGAUGAAGAGGAGGAUGAUGAAAAAGGUGAGGCAGGAUCUGCGAAAAAAACACGAAAGGCGGCAACAGUAGGCAAAUCGGGCGUCUAUGUGCCGCCACGCAUCAAACCCGUGUACUACGAUGGCGAUGAAAAGGAUGCAGACAAGGAAAAAAAGGCACUGGACAGGGCCAAGAAGCGGGCCAUUACUUCCUCCAUGCUGCAAGACCUCAAAGAGGAAUAUUUGGAUGCACCCACAGAGAUUUCAUCAGGCUCAAGGGCCCAGCAGAUACUCUCCAAUGCCCAAAAGGAGAAGCAAGAGUACGAGGAGACCUAUUUGAUGCGUCUGCCAGUGACCAAAGCGGAGAAACAUCGCCAAAGGAAGUUGACCACGUUGGGCACACUCGGCGAUGAGAUUUUGGGUGAAAUCAGUCGGGAAUCGGCGAUGCGUGGCGAUGGCAGCAAAAAGCGCAAGUUGGCCAAAUCUCGUGGCAAAGGCAAGAAAAAGGGCAGUGGAAAAAAGCGAAAAUUUAACUAAUCGGAGAGACUAUGAUGAGCACACAAAACCACUUCGAAGUGGCACCAAAUUAUAGUGUUUAAACCAUUUUUUAACACUCAAAAGUUUUUAUUGAUUACUUAAGAUCUUCCAUUAAAUUCUCCGUUUAAUUAGAAGCCGUUUAUAUGAAUAGUUUUUCCAUUAAAGAACCUCAGUUGAUAUUUUCAUUGGAUAAU